CUGGAAGGGUAUUUGGAGGACCCUCAUACUUUAGAAUUGAAGCGUCAUAGAUUGCUUUCUCCGGACGACACACAGGGAUAUUGACAGAGGUGGACUCUGUGCAAGGAACACUGCUGAUAGGCUGCUGAUCCUUAUUCCAAGAAUGAAGAGAGGUCAGUUUUGUUGGGCCAGGCUACCAGGUUUACCAAAAACAAUGAUGUGGCCAGUGCGCCGGGAACCUGGUAGCACCAUGGACUCUGAAAUAGUAUAUUGUAAAGCAGAUAAUGCCAUAUUUACAGUAAAAACAUCCAACACAGAGGAAUUGCUCACAGAGCAUUGGGCAGAUAUAGGACUAAAAUGCUUGGCUAAGAAGAAAAAGAAAGCCAUGCUUGCUUGUUUUAAAGAGGAUUUACAUUGGGCUAAAGAAUGCCAGAGAGAGCUGGAUGAGGGGCUUGAGACAUGCCAUGAAAACAUAUGUGCACAGUCUGAUGAAGAUAAAGAUGAAACAGUCUUUGAUGAUCAACAUGGGGCACAGCCUGAUAAAGAAAACAAUAAUCUACUUGUUGACCUUCAAAGAACUCAGUCUGGUGACAUUCUUGCACUGCCUGACAAAGAAAGCAUUGAGACUCAAGUUGAUGGGAUGCAUCAGACUCAUUCUGAAGACAUGAUAUACUCACAGCACAACAAAGAAAGCAUUGAGACUCAAGUAACUGGCCUGCAGUGGACUCAUUCUGAAGACAUGAUAAACUCUCAGCCAAUCAAAGAAAGCAUUGAGACUCAAGUUGAGGACCAGCAGGGGACUCAUUCUGAAGACAUGAUAUACUCACAGCACAUCAAAGAAAGCAUUGAGACUGAAGUAACUGGCCUGCAUGGGACUCAUUCUGAAGACAUGAUAAACUCUCAGCCAAACAAAGAAAGGAUUGAGACUCAGGUUGAUGGCCAGCAGGGGACUCAUUCUGAAUAUAUUAUAUUCUUGCAGCCCGACAAAGAAAGGAUUGAGACUCAAGUUGAUGGCCAGCAGAGGACUCAUUCUGAAGACAUGAUAAACUCUCAGCCAAACAAAGAAAGGAUUGAGACUCAGGUUGAUGGCCAGCAGGGGACUCAUUCUGAAUAUAUUAUAUUCUCGCAGCCCAACAAAGAAAGGAUUGAGACUCAAGUUGAUGGCCAGCAGUGGACUCGUUCUGAAGACAUGAUAAACUCUACGCCUAACAAAGAAAGCAUUGAAACUCAAGUUGAUGGCCAGCAGAGGACUCAUUCUGAAGACAUGAUAAACUCUCAGCCAAACAAAGAAAGGAUUGAGACUCAGGUUGAUGGGAUGCAUCGGACUCAUUCUGAAUAUAUUAUAUUCUCGCAGCCAAACAAAGAAAGGAUUGAGACUCAAGUUGAUGGCCAGCAGUGGACUCAUUCUGAAGACAUGAUAAACUCUCAGCCAAUCAAAGAAAGCAUUGAGACUCAAGUCGAGGGCCAGCAGGGGACUCAUUCUGAAGACAUGAUAUACUCACAGCACAUCAAAGAAAGCAUUGAGACUCAAGUAACUGGCCUGCAUGGGACUCAUUCUGAAGACAUGAUAAACUCUCAGCCAAACAAAGAAAGGAUUGAGACUCAGGUUGAUGGCCAGCAGGGGACUCAUUCUGAAUAUAUUAUAUUCUCGCAGCCCAACAAAGAAAGGAUUGAGACUCAAGUUGAUGGCCAGCAGUGGACUCGUUCUGAAGACAUGAUAAACUCUACGCCUAACAAAGAAAGCAUUGAAACUCAAGUUGAUGGCCAGCAGAGGACUCAUUCUGAAGACAUGAUAAACUCUCAGCCAAACAAAGAAAGGAUUGAGACUCAGGUUGAUGGGAUGCAUCGGACUCAUUCUGAAUAUAUUAUAUUCUCGCAGCCAAACAAAGAAAGGAUUGAGACUCAAGUUGAUGGCCAGCAGUGGACUCAUUCUGAAGACAUGAUAAACUCUCAGCCAAUCAAAGAAAGCAUUGAGACUCAAGUCGAGGGCCAGCAGGGGACUCAUUCUGAAGACAUGAUAUACUCACAGCACAUCAAAGAAAGCAUUGAGACUCAAGUAACUGGCCUGCAUGGGACUCAUUCUGAAGACAUGAUAAACUCUCAGCCAAACAAAGAAAGGAUUGAGACUCAGGUUGAUGGCCAGCAGGGGACUCAUUCUGAAUAUAUUAUAUUCUCGCAGCCCAACAUAGAAAGGAUUGAGACUCAAGUUGAUGGCCAGCAGUGGACUCGUUCUGAAGACAUGAUAAACUCUACGCCUAACAAAGAAAGCAUUGAAACUCAAGUUGAUGGCCAGCAGAGGACUCAUUCUGAAGACAUGAUAAACUCUCAGCCAAACAAAGAAAGGAUUGAGACUCAGGUUGAUGGGAUGCAUCGGACUCAUUCUGAAUAUAUUAUAUUCUCGCAGCCAAACAAAGAAAGGAUUGAGACUCAAGUUGAUGGCCAGCAGUGGACUCAUUCUGAAGACAUGAUAAAUUCUCAGCCAAUCAAAGAAAGCAUUGAGACUCAAGUCGAGGACCAGCAGGGGACUCAUUCUGAAGACAUGAUAUACUCACAGCACAUCAAAGAAAGCAUUGAGACUCAAGUAACUGGCCUGCAUGGGACUCAUUCUGAAGACAUGAUAAACUCUCAGCCCUACAUCGAAAGGAUUGAGACUCGAGUUGAUGGACUGAAUGGGACUCAUUCUGAUGACAUGAUAUACUUGCAGCACAACAAAGAAAGGAUUGAGACUCGAGUUGAUGGCCUGCAUGGGACUCAUUCUGAAGACAUGAUAUACUUGCAGCACAACAAAGAAAGCAUUGGGACUCAAGUUGAUGGCCAGCAGAGGACUCAUUCUGAAGACAUGAUAAACUCUCAGCCAAACAAAGAAAGGAUUGAGACUCAAAUUAAUGGCCAGCAUGGGACUCAUUCUGAAGAUAUGAUAUACUCUCAGCCUGACAAAGAAAGUAUUGAGACUCAAGUUGAUGGCCUGCAUGGAACUUGUUCUGAAGACAUGAUAAACUCUCAGCCAAACAAAGAAAGCAUUGAGACUCGAGUUGAUGGACUGCAUGGGACUCAUUCUGAAGAUAUGAUAUUCUCGCAACCCAACAAAGAAAGCAUGGAGACUCAAGUUGAUGGUCAGCAGCUGACUCAGUCUGAAGACAUGAUUUACUCGCAUCACAACAAAGAAAGCAUCAAGACUCAAGUUGGUGGUUUGAAUGGGACUCAUUCUGAAGACAUGAUAUACUUUCAGCACAACCAAGAAAACACUGAGGCUCUACUACAUGAUUUUCAUGGGACUCGGCUUUAUGACUUGAUUUACUCGCAGCUUGAUAAAGGUUGCACUGAGGCGCAACUCGAUAGUUUUCUUGGGACUCAGCUUGACCUGAUUUACUCGCAGAAAGACAAAGAAUGCAUUGAGACUCAAGUUAAUGGCCUGUGUGAGACUCAUUCUGAAGACAUGAUAUACUUGCAGCACAACAAAGAAAGCAUUCAGACUCAAGUUGAUGGCCAGCAUGCGACUGAUUCUGAAGAUAUGAUAAACUCUCAGCCAAACCAAGAAAGCAUGGAGACUCAAGUUGAUGGCCUUCGUGAGACUCAUUCUGAAGACAUGAUAUACUCGCAGCACAACAAAGAAAGCAUUGAUACUCAAGUAAAUGGCCUGCAUGGAACUCAUUCUGAAGACAUGAUAAACUCUACGCCUAACAAAGAAAGCAUUGAAACUCAAGUUGAUGGCCAGCAGAGGACUCAUUCUGAAGACAUGAUAAACUCUCAGCCAAACAAAGAAAGGAUUGAGACUCAAAUUGAUGGCCAGCAGGGGACUCAUUCCAAAGACAUGAUAAACUCUCAGCAAAACAAAGAAAGCAUUGUGACUGGAGUUGAUGGACUGCAUGGGACUUCAUCUGAAGACAUGAUAAACUCUCAGCCCUACAUCGAAAGGAUUGAGACUCGAGUUGAUGGACUGAAUGCGACUCCAUCUGAAGACAUGAUAUACUUGCAGCACAACAAAGAAAGCAUUGGGACUCCAGUUGAUGGCCUGCAUCGGACUCAUUCUGAAGACAUGAUGUACUUGCAGCCCGACAAAGAAAGAAUUGAUACUCGAGUUGAUUGCCUGCAUGAGACUCAUUCUGAAAACAUGAUUUACUCACAACCUGUCAGUGAUUCUGAGGACAUAGAUCAAUAUGAAAAAGAAAAUGUGAGGAAAAGGAAAAGCCUCCUUGGAAAAAGAAGUAAAUUUCAGUCAGAGUUGGUUGCUGAAAACAGUGAGAAGCAAGAGUAUGAUACAAACAUGGAAAAUCACUCUUCUACAGAAUCGCUUAAGAGAAAAAAGUACCCCAGUGGAAAGAAGCAUCUUGAAGAUCAGACUCAAAAAUUGAAGUCAAAGCUCAAUAAAAAGAUUGACACAAUACAGCAAGAAGACUUUAAUAAAUCAGAUAGAUAUGUAAUGGAAUGUGAAAAAAUUGACAAGGAUGGUGAAUCUGGCGAAGAAAUAGAUGAUUCCGAGUUUCUCCAAAGAGAUCAGAAUAUAAAAGGAAUUUACAUUAAAAAAUACAGAUUAAAAAAAAAAAGGGAGUUUAGAGGACAGAGUAAAGAUACCAGAAUAUACGAUAAUACACAUGCAUGCUUUUUUUGUGGGAAAGUUGUACUCCACAUUAAGGAGCACUUGAAAACCCAUAAAAAUGCUGAAGAGGUGAAGGAGAUAAUGGCUAUGGAUCAUCCCGAUUUUACCUCACUAAGAAAAAGGGGAGACGACAAGCAUAACCGUCAGGUUUUAGAAAAGGGUGAAGGGGAAAUCAUUUUAGCGAGAAGACCAACAACAGAAUUUGACAUAACUAAUUUCGGUCCUUGUCCAGACUGCAGAGAAUGGGUUCUUUUAAAAAGUAUUAAAUAUCACUUUAGAGAAUGCACAAAGAAACUUGAAAUGACUAGAAGGAAAAAAAAAGAUCUCGUGUUGCAGUCCCAGAUAUUGGCAGGGCAUAUAAAAGGAAGACAGUCACCACAGAUGAUGAAAGAGGUCUUUCCAAUUAUGUCGUCAGAUAAUGUGACGACAAUUGCCCAGAAUGAUAGAUUGAUACUGGCUCUUGGAGAAAGCUGGAUUAAAAGAAACAUUGGAAAUGUUGAGAAAAGGAAGUAUUAUGCAAGUUCUAGAAUGCGUUUGUGUGCAAGAUUUUUAAUCCAACUACAACAACUACAAUCCAUUCAGAAAUCAGGCUCUUGUGUUGAUUCCUCCACAUAUGAUGUUGAUGAGAUUGAUACAGAGAUGAAUGUGGACAAAGAUUCCAAGCAGGAUAGUCUUUGGGAUUUUCUAAGGCCACAGAACUUCGAUAAUUUGGUGCUUGCGGCUCUGAAAUGUUCAUUUCCAAAUGCUGAUGAUGAUGAUGAUCUACUUUCCCCAAGCAAUGCCAUCAAGUUGAAAUAUGAUUUAUAUCGACUCGUAAACACCAAAUGGGCUCUUAUUGUGAAAACCAGCGGCAGUGAAAAUUCUAAAGAAGCUAAAGAAUGCAAAACACUUGCAAGCCUCAUGGAUAUUGAAUGGAAGGAAAGGGUUACUAUUAUUGCAAGAGCAGUGCUGAGUCGCAGAAAGUUUGACGAGAAAAAAGAGCUGCCAUCUCCUGAAGAUAUAGAAAAAAUGACAAUGCACCUUUCCAAAAAACUCAAGGAAACAUCUCUAACAUCAGAAAAUUUCACUCGUCUGGUAACCAUUGUGCAGACAAGGUUGCUCCUUUAUAAUAAAAGAAGAACAGGGGAACUUGAAGCCAUCAAAGUGCAGAGCUAUGCUUCAAGAAGCUGUGGGCUUGAUGAACUUGAUGAAUCACUAGCUAAGGACCUUACAGAUGUUGAAAAGCAUUUAAUGGGAACACAGGAUCUGAUGAGAGUGAGAGGGAAGAGAGGCAGACCUGUACCGGUGUUAAUUCCUCCAGAUUGUAGAAAAGCACUGGCUUUCCUAGCCAACACGGCACAGAGAAAAAAAGCAAAAAUAGCUGAGGGAAACCUGUACUUGUUCCCCAAUUCUGUGAAUGGCUAUGUUAGGGCAUAUGACUCUCUGAAAACAAUGUGCAAUGAAGUAUGCUUGUUGGCUCCUCAUAGAAUAACUUCAGUCUCAAUGCGAAAGUAUAUGGCCACUCUCACACAGAUGCUGAACCUAGACAAAUUCCAAAUGGACUGGGUCUGUAAUCAUCUAGGUCACACCAAGAGUGUACACAAAGAGCAUUACAGACAAAUGAGUGGUUUAGUGGAAAGAACCCAAAUAAGCAAACUGCUGCUUAUUCAGGACAUGAACUUGACCUCAAAGUUUAGAGGGAAGAAGCUAGAGGACAUGGAUAUUAAAGACAUUGUCUUCCAAGAUGAUGCAGAUGAUGAGGAAGAAGCAGGCUUUCAAGAAAAUCUGGCUCUUCCAAGUGAUACAGUGGAUGCCACUGAAAACUGCUAUUUAGAGGAGGCAGGAUUGGAAGAAGAAGAGGAGGAGGAAGAGGAGGAGGACGAAGUUCAGACCAGGAAAAAGGUGAAGAAAACAACGCGGCAACGGUGGACUGAUGAUGAAGUAAAAGAAAUCAAAGAGUAUUUCAAAGAUUUCCUGAAUUCGGGUACCACCCCCAGAUCAACGUUCAUAGAUCGAAUGAAGCAGAAAAGCAAGGUCAACAAGGGGGUGAUACACUUAAGAGAGAAUCAUUUAAUUAUAAAGAAAAUUUCAAAUAUGAAUCAUUCCAAAAAAUAAGUUAAUAUCUUUUGCCCUUCCCCCCAUCCCCACCCCCCUUACCCCUUUUCAGCUUUUGGUCUCUAGUUCAAGGAUGGAUGUAGCUAAGAAUCCAAGUUUAUUGCUACAAGUUCAUUUAUUUAGAAAAGGGGGGAAAAACCCUUAAAUGUGUACUUAUGCAUUUGUAUUUGGGGAAUGUUUUCCUUGACUCAUGUAUACAUUAUGUACAGUAUUUGACUUUUUUUAAUAUUGCUGUUUCACAGAGUGAAGGUAUCAUGUGAAAUAUGUAUGAAAACAAAAAACAUAUAAGGGAAAUUAAGGUAAAGACACAUAAUGUAUGGACACUUUGCUAUAGCCUAUAGGCAGUGCCACAUGAUGUGAUUGAAAAUCUAGAGACAUUGCUGUAUUAUAGUUUGGUAAAAAAAAACUUGUAUAUGUAUGGACACAAGUCAAAUGCACGUUUCAGGAUGGACUUGACAAGAAUUUUUUUUCCCCCAAAACUAAAACCAAAUGGAGGAAUAGUUUUUAAUUCUGAUAUCUAUUAUGUUUGUGGGACUUGCAUAAAAGUACCAUUGCUUUUUAUGAUGUUUAGGCAUUAGUCAGUGCCUUUUAGGUCACCUAAGUCACCCAGGUGACCUAUUGCUAUCUGUUUCUGUCCCUUGUUUGUGGGUUACAAACUAAACAUUUUCAUCUUCAACAAAACUGCUGAACCACUUUUUGGGGGAGCAAAUAUUGUUAAUUUCCUGGUUGUCCUAUUACAUGCAGAGAAGUAAAUAAAUGUACUUUUGAAGUAGUUUUAGAUUACCAGAAAAAACUUCAAACAAUCAUUGAUUGCCCAUUUUCUUUUGUUUGUGAGUAACAUACCUCCCCUUAUCAAUUUAGUUCGCUAUAUUAUAUAAUUAUAGAAUGCUUUUCUGUGGAUCUUUACAGAGUUGUAUCAUACUCAGGUGACUAUUAAGGCAUUUGGGCCUAUUGUUUUUAACUUUUUUUUGUUCAUUUGUGGAAUAACUGUAAGGUAUACAUUUAUGGUAAUGAAUGCUUGAGGCAAAGAUUUCUUAUUAAUGAUUUAUAUGUACAUUGCAAACUGUUAACAAAGAUCUGCAAGAUUUGGUAUUGGAAUAUUUGCGCUAGAAUAGAAUUUAUAACAAGUGUACUUGUUAAACUGAAAGUUCGAAUAUGAAAAUUGGAUUCCAGUGUCAGUAUUUUGUUUUUAUAUGUAUCGGACAACUUGUUGAAUGUGUUAAGCAAAUGUAAAGAACAUCUGCUAUCUAUGAAGAAAGUCUUCCUUUUUUUUUUCCUCUUACACUUGUGACCAACUUGUCAAUGAAUCAAAUGUUAUUGAAACUGAUUUUUAAAGGAAAUUGGUUAUUUAAAAGCUUCAAUCUCAACAGAGAUUUGAUUAAAUGCAACAAAUAUAUCACCACCUCUUAGUGAUGGGCAAUCAAUUUUUUUUAGGAAUAAUUUUUUUUUAACUAAUACUUUGAUUUAUCGAUUAUCAAAAUAUAAUGGGGGGGGAGGCAUUUUGUUUGGAUAAUUGAUUAAAUAAAUUAAUUGCUGCAUCACUACCAUCUCUUUAUACAGUUAACAUUUUCCAAGAUUGAUUUUGGCAUCAUACCUAGGAUAGCAUAAAGUUUGGUAUGUACUGUACACAUUCUCUUGUACAUGUCAUGGAAUUGCAUGCAUGUAAGACAAAAAGCAGCAAACACAUUUUUUGAUGAUGCAUAUUUUUAAAAAAAGAAUUAGUAAGAAAUGUAAAAAAUUUUGAGGUCUGCAAAAUUAAAGAAUUAACAGUGUAAGAUACUUAUAUAUAUUGUGCAGUUAUCUUUAUCUGGUUGUCUAAUAGUGCUCUUUGAUUAUAGCUUCCAUGUUACACUGCAUUACUGUGGACAGAAAAAGCAAUAAGGGUGGCAGAAUGAUGAGUUGGCACUAUAUAUGUACAUGAAUUUUGUGUAUAAUAAACACAUACCAGGUUUAUCAAUAGAUUUUUGUUCCACAUUUUGUUAAAAUAUUUUUUUUUAAUACCUGGAAUUGUACAGAUGAUGUACAGUGUACAUGUACAUUCCUUUAGAAUGUGAGGUCAUCUUGGACUAAUGGAGGAGUUUUGGUUGUUAUUUUUUAUUUUUUUUUUAUUUUAUGUUGUUUUUUUUUUUUUACAAUACAAAGUAUUAAAAAGUUUU